AAAUGGAUGGCUAUAAAAAUAUAACCAGUUUAGAUAUUUCAUACGACCUUCAUAGCUAACACGGGGAGUUGUAAUUAGUGAUGUCAUAAACUCCUCCACAGAGUUCUAACCUUAACAAGGUUAUUAUAUUGGGAUACUUUAGGAAGGAGAACAAGUCAAAGCAAUGGGAAGGAGAUUUAUAUUCAAUGAAGUAUCUUAACAUUUUUUAACCUGAAAAUUAAUUUAUCAUAAUUUAUGUUUCGAAAGACUUGUAAUUAAAUUGAUUGCCACGCUUAAAUGAUUGCAUAAUUACAUGGUUAUUAGUUAAAUUUGUUUAAUAUCUUAAAUUAUGUUUUGUUGUUGAUGUUGACGGCUGGGAUUUAAAAGGACACACGGAUGUAAGUGCUCAUGGUUUUUUAUUUCCCUGUAUGUUGUCUGUUUUUUACUACACGUGAGAAGAUAUUUCCAAUUUUCUUAUGAACUACAAAUAAAGUCCACGCUAAACAACAUGGGGUACAACAUCAAUAAUUUCGUAACGAAUGUCGACCAGAAUUUGGUGUGUAACAUUUGCGCAGGCGUUAUGAAGCAGUCUGUCGUGACAAUGUGUGGUCACUCGUUUUGUCAUGCGUGCUUAUCGAUUUGGCUUGCAAAACCCGAUACAGAAUCGUGUCCUGUUUGCCGUGCGUAUACAUCUCGAUACGAUCUGAUACCUAACAUUUCGUUACGAAAUAUCGUUCGUUCGUUACCAGUGUGGUGCGACAAUAAAGAUUCAGGUUGCAAAUUAGUUGUGCGCCUCGAAAGACUCGAAACCCACCUUGAAAUUUGCGAGUAUCGACAAGUAGAAUGUAUUGCGUGCAAAGUUAAAGUUCGAUAUUGCGAUUUAGCAGACCACUGUAUUACGUGUUCCGCAAUCGAAAAUGAGAUCGUGACAUCAGGAACAUCGAUAGGGGAUCUCGUUUCUAUCGAUAUGUUAUCACGUAAAAUAGCAGCUUUAGAACUUGAACUCAAUCACACAAAAAAAGCUCUUGAGAGAUCGAAAGUGAAUGUAACCGAGUUAGAAUCUGAAUUAAAUGAUCUGCGCGAUGAAACAACUAGUUUGAACACGUCUAUUUUGCCAGAAUUUGAUCCCGACUAUAGCUACGGUUAUUCUCCAAGUAGUAUCUCACAACUGUCGUGUUUGAUAGCUAAAUACCUUCUUUCAAAACCACCGCGCAUAGAUCGCAACAGAAUAUUUAUGGCUAUCAAACGUUCGUUCACGUAUUACCACAACUAUGCUGGAUAUUCUGAAGACGUGCACAUGUUGUUAGCGACUGCGUAUGCUAGUAACUGGUUUCCUGAACAUCAUAGAUGGACCUUAGAAAGAUGGCUGGAACAAAUCACGUGUGAACGCUUCCCCAGACAAUCCCCUUAAUGACGUACUGCCAUAGGAAAAAUAUUUUUUUUACAAAGUUUAAGUUUAGAAAAUUAUAGUACCAUAUGUAAUUGAACGAAGUUCUGAAAAGGUUUUUACAGAUAAA